AUGCAGACAACGGCGACACGCAGCGCGAGGCCCUCGGCAUUGCUCGUUGUAUGCUUACUAUCGUCAUCGUUCUCCUUGAUCGCCAUCGCUUUGCUCAGCGCGAGGCCUCGGCCGCCACUCCCUGAGGGCUGGCUCUACAAAGGCGAUCGUUCGUACUUUGUCACGCCUGCGCGCUACACCCACCUAGAGUGCAUCGAUGCCUGCCACAGACUCUCGGAUCAGACAGAUGGAGAGCCGGUUGCGCUCGCCUGCAUCGACUCGGCAGCCGCAACCGACUUCGUCGCAAACACCGUCUUCGGAGACUUCGGCCCGCGCGACUACGGGUACUCCGGGCCGUACCUCUGGCUCGGCCACCACCAGUGGCCGAUCCGCCACGGCUCCGAAGCGGGGUGGAAGCCGGCGACGGUCGGGUGCGACGACUCGUACUCCCACUGGCGGCUGGGCGAGCCGGACGACUUCUUUGCGAUGCAGGACUGCGUGGCCGUUGACGCCGACGGUGGCUGGCGGGACGAGGGCUGCUACAUGCGGUACCGCUGCUUGUGCGAGCGCGGCGCCGUGUUGGUAGACGGGUUCAGGGACGAGGAGGAGACACAUUUGGCCUCUACCGGCUCUCGCAGCCUCGCUUCACGCGCCGCCACGAGUACACUGCGCGAUGCCGUUCCCGCCCUGACUCUGAUGUUCAUGGUGUAG